AUGUAUCUAUCUCUAUCACUCUCUUAUCUAUCUAUCUAUCUAUCUAUCUAUCUAUCUAUCUAUGUAUCACAGUCUGUUGAUAUCUAUCUAGCUAGAUAUAAGUCUGUUCAUAUCUAUUUAUCCCUCUCCUCUAUCUAUCUAUCAUCUAUCUAUCUAUCUAUCUAUCUAUCUAUCUAUCUAUCUAUCUAUCUUUCUAUCUAUCUCUCUAUCUAUCACUCCACACUAACACCUUUCCGCAACGAUCUAUCUAUUACUCUCUUUCCUACUCGCUCUCUCGCUCUCUCUCUCUCUCUCUCUCUCUCUCUCUCUCUCUCAAAUCUGAUCUAUCUAUCUAUCUAUCUAUCUAUCUAUCUAUCUAUCUAUCUAUCUCUGCUCAUUAUCUAUCUGUCGAUCUGUCUGUCUGUUUGUCGGUUUGCCUAUCUAUCUAUCUAUCUAUUUAUCUUUGCUCAUUAUUUUUCUGUGUCCGUCUAUCUAUCUAUCUAUCUAUCUAUCUAUCUAUCUAUCUAUCUAUCUAUCUAUCUCUGCUCAUUAUCCUCUUUAAGGGUCCCGAAAAACCAAAACCACCCCUCUAUGCCCUCUCUCUCUCUCUCUCUCUCUCUCUCUCUCUCUCAUUAG